AAAAAAUAAAACAAAAGAAUUAGGAGAGGAAAAAGGAAAAAAAAAAGAAAGACAAAACCGAGAUGGAGGAUUUCCAAUCUCCUAGAAUGCGAUCUUACACAUCGUAUGAAGGAGAUAGGAACCUCCAACUGGUUAAUCCUGUAGAUUUAAGAGCGGUCAGAGGGAUUUAUAUUGUUAGAGAAUCGAGGCGUAAUCGACCUCCGAUGACAUCGGAUUUAUGGCGCAAGAUGUCUUACAAAGACUUGCCCGUUAGACCCAGAAGAUCCUCUUCUCAUUCAACAUCGUUUAAGGGAUGGUGGAACGAUCCGGAGUUAAAGAGAAAGAGACGAGUGGCUAAAUACAAAUUUUAUUCAGCCGAAGGAAAGAUGAAGAUACCUUUGAGAAAGAGUUACAAAUGGAUUAAGAUCCAAUGCUCGAAGAUUAUUCAUGGAAUAUAGGUCUCUCUCUCUCUCUCUACUCUGUUUUAUCUGUUUAGAAGUUUGUUUUGAAAAAGUAUUAAAUCAUGUAUCUAAUUUAAUUUAUUUUAUUCAUUCUGUAAUAAUUGUGUUCAUUGUGUAUUUCUAUGACAUUCAAUUAACUUGCACAUCCAGAAAAUAAAUAAAUACGACUACAUUUAUAU